AUGGCGAGUCACAGCACUUCUACUACCCUGCCGACUAACAGCAGCGCGACCAUCGCCGCACCGGACGGAGGGACGUCAGAGUCCCUCGCCGCUGCUCUCUUCUCAUUGGACGACCUCCCUUCGCCGCUCGCUUCGCUGCAUGCCACUCUCCCGCCGCCGCCGGCUGCGCCGGUUUCUCAGAGUCCUCUCCCCGACUCGGAGCAUAAAGGCCGCUUCGGCUGGUCCCCAAUUGGCCCCCGCGGCUUUCCCGAGGAGGGAUUUGCGCUACACGCCGAACCUCGCUCCGAACCGCUAAACGAGCCUCUUGCCAAGCCUCAGAUGACCGCUGUGGGCGGCGAGGAGGUGGCUGGUGAAGCGGCCGCGGAAGUUGGGUUGGGAGUGCUGACAGGGCUGACAGGGCCUGCUUCUGAAGCUGCUGCUGCUGCUGCUAUGAUGCGAGGAGCGGCGGGCGGGGAGGUGCAGCUAGAGCGCAUGUUGAUGGGAGCAGGCAGCGAGGCCGAGAGGCGGCAGCUGUUAGCUCUCCUGCUGGCGCUGAAGAAGGUGGAGGAGCAGCAGUCGCAGGAAGCGCAGCAGCAGACGCAGCAGAAGCUGAGGCAGAACGCACGGAAGCGGCAGAGGCGGCAGAGGGCGAUGGGAGGUCAAGGAUUGUCAGGAAACCCUCAGUCGCCGCAAGUGCAGCAGCAGGAGCAGCAGCAGCCUGAGCAGGAGGAGCAGGAAGGAAGGAAUGAGGAGCACCGGUUCUUAGCUAGCUCGCCUUUUCUCGCGGGAGCAAGUCCUGACCUCCACGACGUAGGUGUAAUGGGACGCAUGGACGGGCGGGGAGGGGAGAGGAGCGGCAGCGGUGGCAGCAGUGGUGGUGGCAGCGGUAUCGCCAGUGGUAUUUGCAACGGUGUUCGGACUGACCCGGAUUUUUCACUGCGUGGUGUUGGGAAUGACGUCUAUUUUUCACUGCGUGGUGUUGACAAGAGCCUCACCAGUGCUCUGAGUAAUGAGAUUUGUCUUAACGCAAUGCGUGGCAUCAACAGUGGCGUUUUCAGCGGUGGAGCUGCUGUGAACGUUGGGGCAACGAACGCUGGCAACGUUGGGAGGAAGAGAAGCCCUGACGCCCUGGAUGACGGCGCUACAGCCGCUCCCCAGUGGCAACACGGCAUGCAGACCCCCGCCGGCUGCUACAGCCGCAGCGUGCUUGACCAUGCGGACCAGAGUGGUGUGCUGGAUGGCAUGCUCUUAAAGGAUGCAGACUCAGCGCCAGUGGGGGCAGCGGCAGUGGGGGCAGCACCGGCACACCCUACUUUGUCUCCUCUUCACGGCAGCAUGGCGGUGGCAGCAGGGCAGCACAUGCACCUCCUGCUCCAGCAGCAGCGGCUGCAGCAGCAACAGCCACUGCAGCAGCAGCAGCAGCAGCAGCAGAGGUGUGAGCAAGCGUCACAGCCUCUGUCACCGGAGGCCAGAAAUCAGCGCUCUCGAGGCAGCGCAGGCUCGGCGGGCACAGGCACGGCCGGUGAAGGCUCGGCGCGCUCAGGCUCGGCAGGCACCGGCAUGGGUGGUGCAGACUCGGCUGGCGGUCCGGCAACCAGCAGCAGUGGGCAAGAGGGUGGGGAAGAAGGCACAGAAGUUAUGCGAGAGGGCAUGCGAGAUGGCAUGCGAGGCAUGGAGGAAAUGGAUGGCAUGGGUCAGUGGCAGUCUGAUGAAGACUUAGGGGAAGCGGUACCUGCAAGACGAAUGGGGCAACAGGCCGAGUGGGGCUCAGAUGCCCUGGAUAAUCCCAAGGGCCGAGAGCGCGGCACCAUGCAAGACGAGUGUGGCACGGACGACGAGUGGUUGCCUCGGUGCCAGGGCGUAAGGACAGGCUCAGUGCCGAACAAGAGGAUCAAGAGCAGGAGCAUGGCGGAGCGGCGGAGGAGGGAGAGGAUCAGCGAGGGGCUGCAGAGGCUGAGGGCGAAGGUGCGGGGGCGAGGGGACACAUGCGCGAUGCUGGAUAGAGCAGUGGGGUAUGUAGAUGCAUUGGAGCGACGGGUGGUGGAGUUAGAGAGGGUUGUGAUGGCAGCUGCUGGAUCUGGGAGAAACGUUUUCCCCGGCAAUGCAUUUGCCGGUGGUUUUGCUGGUCGUGGUUUUGCCGGUAACGUUUUUGCUAAUAAUGCCACGGCGCUGACGACGAUACCGGCUUCGAUGACAUCGGUCCCGACUGGCCUUGGGGGUGACGCGGUUGCCAGCUGGCCUUGGGAGUGA